AUGAUCAAGGGAACGUCAUCAUUUGGGAAGCAUCGCAAUAAGAUGCACACGUUGAGCCGCCACUGUGGUUCUAAGGCCUAUCACCUUCAGAAGUCAACCUGUGGCAAAUGUGGCUACCCUGCUAAGCGCAAGAGAAAGUAUAACUGGAGUGCCGAGGCUAAAAGACGUAAUAUCACUGGGAGUGGUCGAAUGAGGCACCUAAAAAUUGUAUACCGCAGAUUCAGGCAUGGAUUCCGUGGAGGAACAACACCCAAACCCAAGAGAGCAGCUGUUGCAGCAGUUCAUCUUAAGGAUUUCAACGAUUAA